AGCCAAGCAUUUCAUCGGCUCGUUUCAGCUCUAUCGCCGGGCUUGCACGAAGCUACAAGAAAAAAAAAACCUUCGGAAGACUUUGCGCGUCGUUUAAGCCGCACCGCUAAGAAGUGUCUCCACUAUGGCUGAACUCGUUCACGUCGACAGCCCCAACGUGCGCUACACCGACCAGUUCAUAGAAUCCAACUACUGUUACCAGAUGAGCAGGGUCACACUGGAGAAAGGCGCUUACAAGGUGACUCCCUCUUCCAUCAAUUUCACGUUCCGGACCCAGAGAGCUGUCCCCAAGCUUGGUGUCAUGCUGGUUGGAUGGGGGGGAAAUAAUGGCACCACUGUGACGGCAGCCGUGCUGGCUAACCAGUUAGGCCUGUCCUGGAGAACCAAGAACGGGAUGCAGCAUGCCAACUACUUUGGCUCCUUAUUCCAGGCCUCUACAGUUUGUCUGGGCACAGGCCCAAAUGCGGACGUCUAUGUGCCCUUCAGAGAUCUUCUACCAAUGGUUCAUCCCAAUAACAUUGUCUUUGAUGGCUGGGAUAUCUCCUCACUGAAUUUGGCAGCGGCCAUGGAGCGUGCUCAGGUCCUCGACUGGGCUUUACAGGAGCAGCUGAGACCUCACAUGGAAAAGUUGCGGCCUCGAGCCUCCAUUUACAUUCCAGAGUUCAUUGCAGCGAAUCAGGAGGAGCGGGCAGACAAUGUCUUGAAGGGGAGCAUGGCACAGCAGGUAGACUCCAGGAUGUUCAUUUGGAUGUGUUUGAGUCACAGAAAGGAAACCUACCUCUACUGGGACCUGAAUUCAUGUCCCAGCCAGGACUUUCUGGAGUUUGUAUGUUCUGUGUGUGCGUGCGUGUGGGUGUGUGUGUAUGGGUGGGUUCCCAAGGUUACCAUAAACGUAUAUUAGAAAUGUAACACUUGUCACAAAAAGCAGACACAAGGUUUGGGACUCCACUUGGGUAAUAUUGCCUGGCUGCAAGAGUAAAUUGCUAGCACUGAUGUGC